AUGUCUCGCCGGCGGCGGCAGGGCUCCGACUCCGACGGCGAGGACGACAGCUUCCUCUACCGCUACCCGAUGCCCUCCUCCUCCGCCGGCGCCCCCUCCAGCGCGCCCGCGUCGGGCGGCCGCGGCGGGGGCGGCAGGGGCGGCGGCAGCGGCUCGGGCGGGCUCGCGCCGUCCAAGUCCACGGUGUACGUCUCCAACCUGGACUUCGCGCUCACCAACUCCGACCUGCACACCCUCUUCUCCCGCUUCGGCAAGGUGGCCCGCGUCACGGUCCUCAAGGACCGCGAGUCCCGCCGCAGCAAGGGGGUCGCCUUCGUGCUCUUCGUCCGCCGGGAGGACGCCGUGGCGGCGGCCGCCGAGAUGCACGGCAAGGUGCUCAACGGCCGCACCCUAGCCGCCUCCAUCGCCGAGGACAACGGCCGCGCCGCGCAGUUCAUCCGCCGCCGCGAGUACCGCGACAAGUCCCACUGCUACGAGUGCGGCGGGGAGGGCCACCUCUCCUACGAGUGCCCCCGCAACCAGCUCGGCCCCCGCGAGCGGCCGCCGCCCUCUAAGAAGUCGCGCCGCGGGGGCGGGGCUGCUGGUGGCCGUGGCGGCGGCCGCGGAAGCGGGGGCGGGGAAGGGGACGGGCCCUCCUGGCAGUCAGACGAGGACGACGACGCCGUCGCCGCGGCGUUCGAGGACGACAGGUGGGCGUCGGUGGUGGACACGCGGGGGGAGGAGGAGAAGGCGGCCGAGAAGGAGGGUAGGGCCAAGGCCAAGGCGGCGAGGAAGGAGAAGAGGAAAGGCUACUUCAGCGACGAGAGCGACGAGGACGAUGACUGA